AUGAUUGGUGGUUUCCCGGGAGGGGAAGACACUCUCCGCGGCCACGUCCGGUGCCCUCUAGUGCCAGUCGACCGUUGCUCCACAGCUGCAAUUUCAGACGCGCGCCAGCUGUUGAACAUGGCAAGGACGCUUAGUCAACGGCUCCGCACCUACCGGGCUGUGCGGACGGUAAAGGAUGCAGACCCCGCAGAGGAGCUAAAGGCCAAGGAGGACAAAGAUGACCAGGAGCAGUUCGAGUGCCAGGAGCUACUUGAGUGCCAGAUGCAGGUCCGGACCCCCGAGGAGGAGGAGGAGGGCUCGGGCCUCAUGGCCAAGGCCGAGGCCGUGGCCGCGGCCGCCGGCUGGAUGCUGGAUUUCCUCUGCCUCUCUCUUUGCCGAGCCUUCUGCGAUGGCCGCUGUGAGGACUUCCGUAGGACCCGGGACAGCGCUGAGGCUAUUCUUCAUGGACUCUCCAGUCUAACUGCUUAUCAAUUGAGAACUAUAUAUAUAUGUCAGUUUUUGACAAGAAUUGCAGCAGGAAAAAGCCUUGUGGACAUAAGGGAAAGGAAGAAGAGGAGGAAAAAAGACCACAUUCUGAAAGCUCCCUCCUUGAUGAGAAACUCUCCCAUCAAGAUACCCCGAGUGAGGUGUACAGACCAGCACAAACUAGAACCCACCAGCCACCUGGGGAGUGUUUGCAAGAUACUUCUCCAGCCCAUUAUUGCUCAUUGGCUCCCCUGA